CAACAUUGCAAGCCAUGUCGCCGCCAGUGCUCGGAGCCACUCGACCACUGGCCCCUCAGCCUGUGAGGCCCGCCGAUGCUCCUGUUCUGCAGCCUUUGCACAACAGUUACCCUCUCAAGUCGACCAGAUCGAGGCGGGGCACUAUCAACGCCGCAUGUCGCGAGUGUCGUUUGAAGAAGUUAAAGCGUUGUCUCGUCAAGGGCAUUGACUCUUGUGAAUAUACCGUAAACCCGGGAGAGACACGCUUCACUGCUCUNAAAAGGAAGAAUGCCUCGCUGGUGACAGAGGCCGAUCGAAUGCACAAAUUUAUAGAAGCCUUGCGUUCUGCAUCUCCCUCUCAGGCCCAGGAAAUGCUGAACCAUCUCCGCACCACUGAGGAUCUAUCCCAUUUGUCUACACUGACCCUGUCCCAACCCGACUCCCAUGCUCAACCCUUCGACCGCCAGGAUUCCGACUCGUCCAUGUCUUCUGGUCCAUCUCCUCCUUCCAACGCCGACACUGUUCACACUCCGCACACUUCGCGUUCGAGAAGUGCUAAUUCCCAUACUAAAUCUAAUCCAUCAUUNUCCCUCGACGACGACACACUUACUGUUGACGCCCCCUAUCAGCCAUUCUCCGAUUAUGAAAGACCUUUACCAAGCGUGGAUACUCUUCGGAAAUGCAUCGACACCUUNUACAGCGAGUCCGGCAAGCUAUUCCAUGUCUUCUCGCCUGGCCAUAUUGACAUGCAAUUUCGGAUCCUAGAAGCCCAGAGUGACAAACAAGCGCUCCGUGUCGCCGCCUGCGAGCUCUGUGCUGUAGCCUCUCUCGGCUCUCAAUAUAUCAAGGAAUCUCUCUCGGAAGGUACCCAACAGAACAUGUACAGUGCCGCAAAGCAUCUCUUGGAAGACGCCCUCACCACCGACGCACAUCGGGCUGCCAAAACGUGUGCCAUGCUUUGUCUAUUUAACGUUAUGAGCAAACAAAAGGUUGCCAUGACAUUCGUCGUCUGCCCACCCAACAUGGAACGGAGUCAAUGGACAGAACUUCGGAAAACCUGGAGAGUGCUCGUCUUCCUUGAGACUUGGUUAUCUUCGACUCUCGGCUAUGUUUCGGGGUUACAAUUGUCAAAAGAGCUUACGAAUAUAAGGAACCUCGAGAUUGAGCAUGAAGCCACCCUCGAGGAAAAGGUCACCACCGAAAUGGUCAAAAUCACGGUCAUCAAGUUCGACAUGCUACGACUUAGCUUGUCCUUCAAAGGUCUGAGUGCGCUCAUGGUUGAGACAAUCACAAACGAGUUACACCACUGGUAUCAAAGCCUACCGCACGAGAUGCGCUCUGCCGAUCUAACGAACAACUCUGAGGUAUCCUUUGAGUUGCGGAGAACCAUCUACUAUGUCAAAUUCCUUUAUUUUGGAGCUCGGAUUAUGCUUUUGCGUCGUGUUCUUCAAAGCAUGCACGAGCAAAGCAACCUACUUGCAGGUGACGAAGCGGUAUUUAACGACUUGGUAGUCCAAGCGAAUUUCGCUGCCAGAGAAUCUGCCAAGCUGUUCAAGAUAAUGCUAGUCGAAGGCCGUAUCGCCUACUCUAGCUGUGUUAUAGUACUCCACAACGUUGCGGAGAUGCUGUUUGAGCAGCACCUGGAAAGACGACCCGUAAGUAUGCUGCAAGAUAACUUACACCUUGCCCUCGCUUGCAUCGGCUUUCUCCAAACAUGCAGCCAGAAAGACCUAGCUGCCGGGCAGUUCCACUUGACACUCAGCCGAUUCUACACUACUCUGUAUUCUACCGCCAGCGGUCAGCUCGAGCUUGGUCCGGAUGUGGUCAACACCGCCCGCGAUCUCAACGAACUGAUCAGACGACCAUUCAAGACCUCUAGUCAAGCCAGUCCUGGAUUUUGCUAUCUCUGGCAAGAGGAGGAUCAAGAGAAUGCACAGCGUCAACAAUAUAUCGAUGAUCUCAUGAUACGAGAUGUCGCGAACGCACCUGACCAGUCAUUAUGCUGCGACAGCUGGCAGCGGAUCGAUGGCAUCAAGAAUGAUGGGAUGGUUCACGACCUGCUCAGUGGCAUCCGACCUGGCCGGUUCCUUCCAGGGUUUGAAUCCAGUACCUGGACU